GAACGCAGGGGUAUUUUGUCCUAUCUGGUAGCCGUACGUGUUGAAAAACAGAUUCAAACAAUGGCGAAUGUGAAGUGCAGCAGCGAAGACCCCUCUAGAGAAGGAGGACCAGAAGAGAAGGGAAGCAGUGUGAAAACUAAGACUGUCUCUUCCAGCACGGCAUCAGGGAACGGCCUGAGAAAGCGCCCUGCUCAAGAGAUCAGCCCAGAAGAUGAGUCUAAAAGCAAGCCUGCACCUCCUAAAUUUCUUAAAACUGGGUUUAGUUUGACUGCCCAGGCAGCGAAGAAGCCCGCCACCAUCUCCAUCAAGCUGGGAGCUAGUAAACCUAAAGAACCCACACCUGCCUUACCUACCAAGAAACCUGGACUUGCAGCUGUUUUCAACGAGGAUGAUGAUAGUGAGCCUGAGGAAAUGCCACCUGAGGCAAAGAUGAGGAUGAAGAAUAUUGGAAGGGAGACACCCACUUCAGCUGGACCCAAUUCCUUCAACAAAGGAAAGCAGGGAUUCUCAGACCAUCAGAAACUUUGGGAGAGGAAGCUUAAAACCCAGAAGGAUCAGUAGAAUGUGACUGCUUAAAAAAAGUUUGUCUUUUGGCAAUGAGAUAUUUGUCCUUUUGUUUCGUUUGAUGAACAUUGUACAAAUGUAUAUAUGUAAUGAAUGUUUAUGCUCUAAAGCAUCUUUCUAUUGUAGCUAACCACUCUUGAAAAAGCCUUCCUGUUUAAGGUGCAAACAACAACAGAGAACAUUUUGAAUAAUCUAUAACACUGUACAAUAUUGUAGGAGUUCUUUGCCCUAUAUGAAAUUCCACCAAAUGUGCCACACCAGCCCCUAACAUCAUUUGGCUCUAGUGUUGUUAUUCAGGGAUGGAAUAUAUUGGUGUAGAUGUUGAGGUUUGCAUAAGUUUCAUUCAUAACAAAGAAAGAAAACAAUGUAGUUAAAAAAAUUCACAAAUAAAGGAGAGAUGUGGUAUCACUUUG